UUUUAAAGUUCAUGGAUGAUGAACCUGAACCAUCUCGGCCUCCAACUCAAGUGUAAAUGAAAGUGAAACUUCCUGUACAGACUGAAGUUGCGUAGUGUUUGGUUUAACAUUGUUUAGAAGUAUCUUCAUGGGUAACAUAACGUUUUUUUUUUAUUAUUAGUGGGACCUUAUUUUGGAUAUUCAUCCAUAACUUUUAAAUUGAAGUAGAGGACGUGAAGACCAGUGAAGGUGGGAAAAUGGCAGAGUCCAGAGAUCAUAAUCAGUUUAAACUCAUCACCACUGAGAGAAACAUUGUGGGUGUUGUUGGUGAUGAUGUCACCCUCCCCUGUCACCUCUCCCCUGAGACCAGUGCUGUUACCAUGACAAUCAGGUGGUUUAAGGAGACAGAGUGUAUUUACCUGUAUAAGAAUGGUCAGGUGACAGAGAGGAGAGGCUAUGAGGGCAGACUGAGUCUGAUCACCCAGGAGAUGGAGAGAGGAAAUGUGUCUCUGAGGAUGAAAAACAUCAAGGAGUCAGAUUCUGAAGACUACAUCUGUCAGGUCAUCCAUGGAGAACAGAAGGAGGAGGCUGUAGUGGGUUUAAGGGUCAGAAGAGUCAACCACUCAGAACUCACCUCUCAGUUUUACACCACAGGGCCAGAACUAUUCUAUUUACAACAUAAGACCCUGGAGGACAACCUGAAGAGGGAGACAUCAGCAGAGUUGAAGUUGAGAAAAGAAAUAGAACUAGAAGAGAUGAAGCAGACGUUGAAGGAAUUUGAAGAGAAGAUAAAAGAGAAAGAUUUAACUCUGGAGGAGAUGAGUAAUGGACUGAAGAACACUGAGAGCAGACUGGAGAAAACAACCAAACAACUGAAUGAGAACAUCAAACAUUUUCAUGAGAAAGACACUCAACUGGAUGAAAUGACCCAGCAAGUGAGAGAGAAAGAGAGACAACUGGAGAACUCUGUCAAAGAGGUGGAAGAGACUAACAGACAACUGGAGAACUCUGUCAAAGAGGUGGAAGAGACUAAGAGACAACUGGAGACACUGGGAAAGGACCUGCAGGACAAGAACAUCCAAGUAGAGAAUUUCGGAGUCCUACUGCAGGAAAAAGACCUUCAACUAGAGGACAGGAACCACAGACUGGGAGAGAAGGACAAACAACUGGAAGAGAGAGAAGGAGAACUAAAGGAGAGGAGGCAGGAACUAGAAGAGAAAGAUAAACUACUAGAGAAGAGAGAGAAACAGUUAAAGGAAAAAGAAAAACAAGUGGAGGAUGUCAACAAUGAAAAUUAUAAACUGGCUCAACAGGUCUGUGAUGUGAAGACUGAGAUGGAGAGACUAAGAAGAGAGACCUCAACCCAGAUGACUGUGGGAGGAGAGACCUCAGAUACAGACACCAGAGUUACACACAGGAGGAGAAACAGCAUGAAUCUUGUACCUCCUACCAUGGGAGGAGAGAGCAGCAGUCCAGCCUCCCCAGUGUCUCCCAGUGGGUCUGAGCUGAGACUGGUGCUGCUGGGGAGGACUGGUGCUGGGAGGAGGGCAGCAGGAAACACCAUCCUAGGCAGAGAGGAGUUUGGGGCCCAGGCCAGCCCCUCUGCAGUGACCCAGAGGAGUGUGAGGAGAGAGGGGGAGGUGUGUGGGAGACACCUGGUGCUGGUGGACACUCCAGACUGGUUCUGUCCUGGACUCUCUCUGGAGGAGAUGAGACAGGAUGUGGGGCUCUGUGUCCGUCUGUCUGCCCCGGGACCCCACGCCUUCCUCCUGGUCAUACCAGUGGAGCCCUCCAAGGAGGAGGAGAGAGGGGUGCUGGAGAGAAUGGAGGAGAUGUUUGGGGAGGGGUGUUGGGGACACACUGUGAUUCUAUUCACCCAUGAUGACAGCCUGAAAGAGCCGAGCAUUGAGGAGUUUCUCCAAGCAGGGAGUCAGGACCUCCAGCAGGUUGUAGAGAAGUAUGGGAGCAGAUACCAUGUCCUCAACAUUAAGGACAGGACCCAUGACACUCAGGUCCCAGAGCUACUGGAGAAGAUAGAGGAGAUGGUGUCAGGAAACAGAGAGAGUUUCUACUGCAGUCAGACCUACCAGGAGACAGAGGACCAGGUCAGAGAGAUGGAGAGAAAGAUCCAGAUGAAGAAAGUGGAAAAAAAACAGAGGGAGGAAAGAGAGAGUAGAGAGAGGUUUGAGAGGGAACUACAAGAAUCUCUGAAUAAAAAAGAUGUAGAAAUACAGAACCUCAAUGGAGAAAUUACAAUACUGAUGGAACACAUUACUGAUCUAGAGAGACAACUGGAAGAAGAGAGAGAUGAGGAGAAGAAGAAAGAACUGGAGAGUAGGUUAAAUAUAGAGCGUGAAAGAAGAGAGCAGAUGAUGAGAGACCUGGAUGUAUUUAAAGAGGAGAAAGAAAAUGAGAAGAAGAAGAUGGAGGAGAAACACAAGCAGGAGAUUGAGGAGAUCAGGGAGAAAUAUGAAGGAGAGGCCAGAGUUGAAGCAGAGAGAAACCUGAUGAAGAUAGUCCUACCUGAGUUACAGACGAACAUCAUAAUGUUUAGCACAAAGAUGAAUACAGAGUUCAGAAAACAGAUAAAGGAGAAGGAUGGACAGAUAGAGGAGAAGGAUAGACAGAUAAAGGAGAAGGAUGGACAGAUAGAGGAGAAGGAUAGACAGAUAGAGGAGAAGGAUGGACAGAUAGAGACACUAAAAGAGGCAUUUCAAAAUGUCAGUGAAGCUCGCUUACAGUUCAACACACGGAUGGAGGAGUUAAGCAGACUGUUUGAAGCAGAAUGAUAGAGGAUGAAGAGAAGAGAUGUGGAGACUAAUGCCCUGUUUACACCUGAUACUAACAUGUAGCCUUUGUCCUGAUCUGGUCCACAUUAUUGUUGUAUCUUUUUCCCAAGUAAUAAUUUCAGGGUUUGAGAAUGUUUUUUAUAUGUUACUUGUGAUGUUUUUCUGACCUCUGAGUGUCCAGCUUUCUGUUUGUUUGGGCAGCAGAGUAUCUAUAUAGUAUCUAUAUUUCCCAAACCUUUAUAGUAUAUUUUGGGAUCUGGUCAAACAGAACUUAACCAGAUUGUGGUGAAUAGGAGCUCAAAAUAUAAAAUAUGAAUGUUUCAGAUACGUUUCAUGGGAUGUUACAUAAACAUUGUUGCAACAUCCCAUGUUUUUAUGAAAACAGCAUUUCUUUGGGUUAGGAGAAUAUUCCAUUAACAUCCUACCACAUAUAGCAUGGUCACCAUGGUCUGAGAACAGACAAUAUUAAUGUUGAAAACACUUUUCAUAAGAAAGUUGCAAAAACAUUGAUAUGUAUCAGUUGGUAAUUGGAGUGUAUCAGUUUGUCAGGACGAUGAGUGAUUGUGACAAAGAAACAUUUCUCAAAAAAUCAUUAGUGCACACCACGCCUUUCUGUUCAACAGCCAAUCAGGGCUUUUCAUCUGUGACUGGGGAUAAAUACACUUUUAACAAGGUCUUUCCAAAAUCCAUGUUCAACUGUUUUCAGUGUGGUUGACUUAAAUUACCUUCAACUAUAAUGAGGCCCUUAUCUAGUUUAAAAGACUCCAACUCCAACUGUCAUUCAGUUUUACGACAUGUCUUAUACCUUGACAAACUGCACAGUCAUUUUCUUUCAACAUGAUCUCACCUGGGAUUUGGACUCACAACCUUCCAGUUCAUGUAUCUCUGAUGGUCUCACUGCUCCACAAUGUUCAGCAAUUUAAAUACUUCCUGUAUAGUUUAUAAUGGUGUGGCAUGUUAACCUGUUUUAAAAAUAGUCCUGAAACUAACAAUUAAUAAAAUUGUAAAUAACUCA